AUGUCUAUGGAUCCUGAAAGAGAGGAAUUUUGGCAAACAAUAGCAAGAAGUACUAUUAAGGAAAGAUGUAAAGCUAUUUUCAACCAAGAAUUAUUAAGCGAUGUGAAAUUUGCGGUUUGUCGCGAAGGCGGAAGUGGAAGCAAGACGAUACCAGCACAUAAGUUUGUGUUAGCAAUCAGUAGCUCAGUGUUCUUUGCCAUGUUUUAUGGUGAAAUGGCAGAGGGAGAUUGUGUUAAGAUCCCUGAUUGUGAGUACGAGAGCCUGUUAGAGGUACUCCGUUUUAUAUACAGCGACGAGGCAAACUUUAACCCUGGUAAUGUUAUGGAAGUGCUGUAUUUAGCGAAGAAAUACAUGCUACCGACACUGGCCGAAAAGUGCUCUGUAUACCUCAAAGAGAAUCUGGACGCGUCAAGCGUGUUUCAUGUCUUACCGCAGGUCGAGAAAUAUGAAGAGAAAGAUCUGUUGGAUCAUUGUUGGAAACUUAAUGAGAACGAAACGGUGGAAGCUGUAAAAUCGGAUGGUUUCGUGGCAAUCGAGAGGUCAGUACUUGAAGAAUUAGUGGAAAGAGAUUCAUUAAAUAUCAAGGAGGUGGAAUUGUUCAAGGCUGUCGAUUGCUGGGCUGGAAUGGAAUGUGAAAAGCAGGGCCUCAAAGCGGAAGGAUCAGUGAAAAGAAGGAUUCUCGGAGAAAGGAUCGUCAAGGGAAUACGUUUCCCCGUGAUGGAACAAAAAGGGUUUGCAGGCGUUGUUUUGGACUGUGGGAUACUCACUCACAAAGAGACUUGUGACUUGGUGAAGUAUUUUAACUCUGUACCGAAUACUUCACUUGACUUUUCAAUAGAAAGUAGAAAAGAUCCUCUUGUGCGUCGAGUUUCUAGGUUUUCAUCGGUGGUGGAAGGGUGGACACAUUCAUCCUAA